AUGAGCCAAACUGGACGCCAAGACUUCACCGACAAGGUACACAACGCUGUCAAGCCUGACUCGCAGAAGACAUUUGGCGAGCAGACUGCUGAUUGGACAAAGGGGAAGGCCGACACUGCGGCGUCGACUUUCCAGCCCCAGGGCAACAAGUCGACGACCCAGAAAGUCGGAGAUGCCGUGAGCGGUAACCACAACCACAAUGUCGAUGAGCGCAGCUUCAUGGACAAGACAAAGGACGCGCUCGGUAUCAACCGCAACAAGGGCACCGACCACACCUUCUGA